GCGUGCACGUGCAGAGCGCGUGUCCGCGCGCGCUCACGCGGUGCCUGUGUUCACGUGGGGGGCAGUACCUGCAGGCAGGUGCUGCCCAGCCUGGGGGCUGGCAGGAUGCUGGGCUUGCUGCGGAUGGGGCUCCCUGUGCUCAGAGCAGCAGCAGGACCGCAACUGCAGGCCCGCAGCUCCCAGCACGACACGUCAGCUCAUGCACGCCUAUUGCUCUCACAGCUCUUCCAGCCUCUGAACCUGCAGGUGGGUGGUGUGGCAGGAUGCGAGGGCCAGGCGGCGGAGCUGAGCUGCCGCAGCCACCGGCUGAUGCUGCAGGGUGGCCUCAUCCACCCCGCCAGCCCCGGCUGCUACCACCUCCUGCCACCUGCCGUGCGUUCCAUGGAGAAGCUGAUCCGCCUGAUCGACGGCACCAUGCGGAACAUUGGCGGGCAGAAGGUGAACAUGCCCAGCCUGAGCUCUGCUGAGCUGUGGCGGGCCAGCGGGCGCUGGGAGCAGAUGGGGCCAGAGCUGUUCCGCUUGGCUGACCGGCACGGCAAGGAGUACUGCCUGGGCCCCACGCAUGAGGAAGCUGUCACUGAACUGGUGGCCGCACAUAGCAACCUGUCCUACAGGCAGCUCCCACUGCGCCUCUACCAGGUGACCAGAAAGUUCCGGGAUGAGCCCAAGCCCCGCCUUGGCUUGCUGCGUAGCAGGGAGUUCUACAUGAAGGACAUGUACACCUUUGAUGCCUCAGAGGAGGCAGCACGUCACACCUAUGAGCUGGUGUGCAGAGCCUACUGCAGCCUCUUCAAGCGCCUGGGCCUGCGCUGCGUCCAAGUGCGGGCAGCCACUGGCACCAUUGGUGGCACUGCAUCCCAUGAGUUCCAGCUGCCGGCUGACAUCGGCGAGGACAGGUUGGUGCUGUGCCCUGCUGGGCAUUUCGCAGCUAACGUGGAGAUGAUGGAUGAAGAGCAAACAGCGUGCCCUACAUGUGGAGAAAAACUCACCCAGAGCAGAGGGAUCGAAGUGGGGCACACAUUUUAUCUGGGCACCAAGUAUUCCUCUGUCCACAACGCCAUCUUCUACACCCCUGAGAACAAGCUCCAGCUAGCAGAAAUGGGCUGCUACGGUCUGGGUGUCACUCGCAUCUUGGCAGCAUCCAUUGAGGUGCUGUCUACAGAGGACAGCAUCCGCUGGCCGAGCCUCAUUGCACCCUACCAGGUGUGCUUCAUCCCCCCCAAGAAAGGCAGCAAGGAGGAGCAGGGAGCUGUAGUGCUGGAGCAGCUCUAUGAUGAUGUGGCUGAAGCUCUGCCUGGCCUGGUGGGCGAUGUGGUGCUGGAUGAUAGGACGCAGAUGACAAUUGGCAAAAGGCUGAAAGAUGCCAACAAGCUGGGGUACCCUUAUGUGGUGAUAGCCGGGAAGAGAGCUUGCGAGGACCCCCCGGUCUUUGAGGUUUGGGAUCAGAGCUCUGGCACGGUUUUUUACCUCACCAAGGAAGGUGUCAUUGAGUUACUAAGUAAAGUGCAACUCCCUUGAA